GAAAAAGUCUAAACGUCCCCGGGGUGUAACCCCGCCGCGUCCCCGUUGCCUACGUGGCAACAUAAUGUAAACGGCGUCGUUUACACUGAAGGUCAAACUUAAAACUUUCGUUCCCGUGGUCUGGCUUUUCUUUCAUUCAUCUCUCUCUUCUCUCUCGUCCCUCUCACCCAUCUCUUCUCUCAACAUCACAACCCUCAUCGAACCCUAACCCUCAUCUCCAUCUUUCGUUCCCGUGGUCUGGCUUUUCUUUCAUCUCUCUCUUCUCUCUCGUCCCUCUCACCCAUCUCUUCUCUCAACAUCACAACCCUCAUCGAACCCUAACCCUCAUCUCCAUCUCAUAACCCUCAUCGAACCCUAACCCUCAUCUCUAUCUUACAACCCUCAUCUCCAUCUCACACGAACCGAACCCUAACCCUCUCAUCUCCCUCUCAUCUCUCCUUUCUCAUCAUCCCAAUCUAGCCCACACAAACCCUAACCCACACAAACCCUAACCCACACGAACCCUAACCGAACCGAACCCUAAAGCCCACUCGCCCUCCCUCUCCCCGUCGUCCUCCCAGAUAACCCACUCAGUCUUCACCCCGUGCUCUCCCCCAAACCUCCAUCCCCGUCGUCUUGACCCCUGAGGGGGUGACGGGACACGAACUUGGCUGGAGAUCUUAUAAGGCACGAAUCUGGGCUGGAGAUCUUAUAAGGCACGAAUUUUUGCAUUUCUUUCAAAUUGUUUUGGUUUGUUUUAACGUUUUAAAGUUUAUAUAUUUUCUGCUCGGUUGGGUUUGAUUGCUGAUGAAUUUUGGGUAUUAUUGGCGGACUGGGAUCUUACAAGCUGCUGUAGCUCUGUUUGGUUGGUUGUAGCUCUAUUUAUUUAAAAUUCUGCUCGGUUGGGUUUGAUUGCUGAUGAAUUUUGGGUAUUAUUGGCGGACUGGGAUCUUACAAGCUGCUGUAGCUCUGUUUGGUUGGUUGUAGGUCUAUUUAUUUAAAAUUCUGCUCGGUUGGGUUUGAUUGGUGAUGAGUUAUGGGUAUUAUUGGCGGACUUGGAUCUUAUAAGCUGCUGUAGAUCUGUUUGGUUGGUUGUAGCUCUAUUUAUUUAAAUUCCUGCUCGGUUGGGUUUGAUUGCUGAUGAGUUUUGGGUAUUAUUGGCGGACUUGGAUCUUAUAAGCUGCUGUAGAUCUGUUUGGUUGGUUGUAGCUCUAUUUAUUUAAAUUCCUGCUUGGUUGGGUUUGAUUGCUGAUGAGUUUUGGGUAUUAUUGGCGGACUGGGAUCUUAUAAACUGUUGUAGCUCUGCUUGGUUGGUUGUAGCUCUAUUUAUUUAUUUUCUGCUCGGUUGGGUUUGAUUUCUUAGAGUCUAAUGUUUGUGUUUUUAUGGUUUGUUCACCGUAAAUUUAUUGAAUAUUAUCUCGUUUAUUUGUUCUGUUUGAGAUGAGUGGUUUUAAUACUUAGUGCAUAUGGCUGCUUGGUAAAUUUGGGGAAAAUGACGUUACAUUAGUACAAAAACAAUAAAGAAGUGAAAGAUACAGAGUAGUGAAUAUGAUAUAAUCUAAGAAUAGAGACACUUAAUAGAGAUACGGUUUAGCUAUCAAGUAUCAUAGCUGCACCACAUAGUGACUUGGCAGAUGGUGUACUGCCUUCAACAUUAGGUAAACCGAUUGACUUACAUUUAUAAACCACAAGACUUGAUACACUAAUGAACAUUGUAAGUAAACUACUCUCAAGCCUGUCAUUUUCAAUCAUAAUACUAUUAAUGUAAGUAAACUAUUAAUAUACCAAAGUGGCUGUCAAGUCUAAGAUGUAGGAGGUUUAACCUUCCAUUUAUCAUAGUGUCUCUAUUAAUUAACUAGUAGAUGGAACUAAUUUCUACCUUUGCUGAUUAUUAUCAAUAUCUCUUCAUUUCAAUUCUCAGGCGUUAGGCAAUCCCCCUCACAAAUAUUAAAGUGUCAUAACUCUACCUUGAAUCGAAUUACGUUUACUAACAAUUCUCAAUAUGAGGUUUAUGUAUUUCUGAAAUUAAAUUCGGGCCUCCAAUCUUUUUCAAACGUUAGUCAGAUCCCCCUCAUCUCCUUCCCUUCAUUAAAAAAAGUUGAAAAUUAAAAACUAAUUAUAUUAUCAAUAAUUAUUUCACCUCUUGCUGCUCUUCAUUAAUCUGUCAAAACUUCGCGCUCUUCAUUAAUUAUUCCAUCAUUAUUCAACUGUUAUUCAAUUGUUUUAUGGGGGUUCAUCUUAGAAUGUCAAAAUCAUCUUCAUCAAUAUCUUCAUCAUCUUUUCCCAAACGUAGUUUGGGAAAAGAAUUGUGCUUCUGCGAGCUGGAAGCCACAUUGAAAUGGUCAACUACUACAAAAAACCCAAGAAGACCCUUUUUAGGGUGUGCAAAGUAUAAUACACAGGGCUUACCAUAUUGUAAGUUCUUCAAGUGGUUGGAUGGUAAUGAAGUCUGCGAGCUACAAGUUCAAGAAAGAAUUGAUGAACUGUUAAAGAAAGAGAAAGAUGUAGAGAACAUACUUCAUAUGCUGGAAAAGAGGGAGAUUGAGCUCCAUAAGAUAGUGGAUCGCCUCGAGAGGGUAAGCAUGGUGCUGUCCAAUAAAAGCGACGAGGUUAUGCAGAAGGAGUUGGUGCUUAAUGCACAAGAAGCUAGAAGAAGGGGGUUGUGCACGCUAUUAAAGAUUUACUGUUGUUUUGUAUUUGUACAUGCAUUUUACCUAGUGUUAUAUAAGUGAAUUUGGGAUUGGCACGUUAACUAGUGUUUUAACAUUUUGCCUUAUAUUAUCCUAGUUAUGUAACUCUGAGUUGAUGAAUGUAAUUUAAGACUGCUGGGUACUUGAUUCUGUGGCAAUUGAUAGAAAAUGUUCAUUU